CGCCCGCGCCAGGCACAUCCCCGCACUGCCCGGGGAGCGGAGCGCGGGCUGCAGCGAAGCGGAGCGAAUCCGGAUUGAGCGGGAGAAGGGCUCCAGGGCGCAUGAGAUCCAGGGCGCUGUCCACCCGCCGGCCCCCGCGCUGAGCCGAGCCCUGCCCGUGGCUCUCCUGGCCGGAGCCCGAGCCCAGGAUGGUGUGGGAUGAGCGGGUGGCUGCCCUGUUCCGGAGGAACCUGCAGCCCACCCUCACCUACUGGAGCGUCUUCUUCAGCUUCGGGCUCUGCAUCGCCUUCCUGGGGCCCACCCUGCUGGACCUGCGCUGCCAGACCCAGAGCUCGCUCUCCCAGAUCACCUGGGUCUUCUUCUCGCAGCAGUUCUGCCUCCUGCUCGGCAGCUGCCUCGGGGGAGUCUUCAAGAGAACGUUGUCUCAGUCCCUGGUCGCCCUCUUUGCGUCGUCCCUCGCUAUCUCUGUCGUCUUCGCCAUCAUCCCUCUCUGCCACAAUGUGGUGGUGCUGGCUGUGGUCAUGGCUGUGGCGGGACUGGCCAUGGGAUGCAUCGACACCAUUUCCAACAUGCAGCUGGUGAAGAUCUACCAGAAGGACUCGGCCAUCUUCCUGCAGGCCCUUCACUUCUUUGUGGGGUUCGGAGCCCUGCUGAGCCCGCUGAUAGCUGACCCUUUCCUCUCGGAUACCAACUGCAUCCUGUCAAACGCCACACUCAAUGCCACCAGCAACCUCCCUCACAUCCGCAAGUCGUUGGUCCCCCACCAUCCCGGCAACCUGUCACACUAUGAACUGCCGAUGAAAGGGAUGGUGGUGACACGUGUGUCCUAUGCUUUCUGGAUCAUGGCCCUGAUCAACCUACCGGUCCCCAUCGCGGUGUUCUUCCUGCUCUACAAGGAAAGGCUGGUGCCCUGUUUCAGUAACGGGAGGCGCCCGCUGCUGUCUGCGGACGAACUGGCGAUGGAAACGCAGCCGGCCGAGAAGGACAAUCAUUCCGUCACGUUGCCGAGAACCACGCCAGACAGAGGGCAUGAUGACCUAUUUAGCUGCUGCCAAAGCAAAAACUUCAGAGGAGCUCCUUACUCCUACUUCGCAGUCCACGUCGCCGGGGCUCUUGUCCUCUUCAUGAGUGACGGGAUCAUAGGCGAGUACUCUGGGUUCGUAUACAGCUAUGCAGUGGAGGAACCUCUCUCUGUGGUGCACAAGGUGGCUGGCUACCUGCCUAGCUUAUUCUGGGGGUUCAUCACACUAGGCAGGCUCAUCUCCAUCCCUGUGUCCUACCGAAUGAAACCUGCAACCAUGGUGUCCAUAAACGUGGUUGGAGUGCUUGUAACUUUCCUCCUGCUCCUGAUUUUCUCCUACAGUGUUGUCUUCCUGUUUGUGGGCACAGCGUGCCUGGGUCUGUUCCUCAGCAGCACCUUCCCCAGCAUGCUGGCCUACACUGAAGACAUCCUCCAGUACAAAGGCUGUGCCACGACGGUGUUAGUGACUGGAGCUGCAAUUGGAGAGAUGGUGCUGCAGUUACUGGUGGGGUCGAUUAUCCAUGAUCAGGGCAGCUACAGUUUCCUGGUUUGUGGGAUGAUCUUUGGAGGUUUGGCCUUUACGUUCUACACUUUCCUUUUGUUUUUCCACAGGAUGUACCCCAAGCCCUCAUCAGAGGUGGAUGCCUCCUCACCUGACAAGCCAGCAAUGAUGGGUGACUCUGGACUUUAUCAGGGCUAAAAAGAAGGCAUAGCCCUGAACAAGGAGUUUUAUGUAUUUGCAAUAAACACAAAUCGUCAAGUGUUACUAGGAAGGAUGAUUUCACACUAAUUACAUGGCUAAAUUACUUGAGUUUUCUGCAAUCAAAAAUGUUAACUUUGAAAACCAACCAAACAUUUUAAGUCCCCCUGGGAGGCUAAGUACAGCAAGCUGAAGUUGCUUGUGUCUGUUAUUCCACUAAGAUGAAUGUCAAACUGCAGAAUCCUGUAUCCUGGAAAUCUGCAAUUUAUGGCCGCUUGAUGAAGAAAAAUUGUAAGC